AUGGAACUAGAUCCUGUGAAUAUGAGAUUGAAUCGGUUUGUGGAUGACAAUAUAUCUGAACUUCAAGCUGCAAAUCGCAAUCCAAUAUAUGGUUAUCAAGAAUUGGUACUGAUGCCAUUAGAACAAGCAGUCGAAAAAAUCGCUCCAUUUAUAGAUAAUAUUACAAAAUAUGUUCAAGACGCUAAACGAAACUGUAAUCAUAAUUUGAAUAUUUUAACGUGGGACGAAUCAGCAGCGAUCUAUCUUUAUACAAUGUCAUCACCUUUCUUUUCUUCUCUAAACGAAAGACUUCGAGCUGAAGAUAGACAUGCAUUAAAACCAUGGUUUGCUUUCUUAAAACUAUUUCUUACGGCUUUGGAAAAAUUACCAUCCACAAAGGUAUCUGUAUGGCGUGCUGUUUCGUGUGAUGUUGGCUCUUAUUAUGUUGCAAACGAUAUGACAAUUUGGUGGAGUGUCAAUUCGACUUCCACCGAUCCGAAUGUUAUUAAGAUGUUUUUAGGUGAAACUAGCACAUUAUUUCACAUAGAUGCGAUUUAUGGUAAAACCAUAUCGGAUUAUUCAGCAAUGCCAGAUGAAAAAGAAGUGAUUCUUAUACCUGGAACCUAUCUGGAAGUAAAAAGCAAUCCAUUCAACUAUCUAGAUCAUCUCUUUGUCGUUCAAAUGAAAGAAUUUACUACAGAAGAAUAUAUACAACGUGAUGAGUAUGAUAUCAGUAGUGAGUGGAUAUCUUUGACCGGUGGUUCGAUAGAUCGAUGUCAUCGGUUAAAACAACGUAACAUGGUUAUAAUUAGUUCAUUAACCUUAAUUAUAUUAUUUAUCCUAUUACUUAUAACUUGCGUACAUCGUAAAUUUCGCGUAUGGGUUGAUAUUCUAUAUUCAUUCGAUUGUUCAAAUGCAACUGAUGACAUCUCAGGAACAUAUAAUGGAAUCGAAGUUCUACCUUCAUGGAUACCACCUAAUAGUGAACAAGGACAAUUAAUGUUACCUGCAUAUAUAACUCCAGAUUAUUCUGGUCAAGGAGUAGCCCUGAAACUUGAUUCAUCGAAACCAUAUCAAUACAUUCAACUGAUUCACUCACCAAUAUUUUUCAAUAAAACAUUUACCGUUAGUGUUUGGCUCAAUCCUAACGUGGAAGCAUCGAAAGUAUAUGUCGUACUAAGUCAAACAUAUGCCAGUGCUCCUAAUUUAGCUAUUUGUAUUAUUGAUCAGUAUGCUGUUAUACGUGUGUAUAAAACACUACACUGGUCAUCUACUAAAUUGAAAAAUUUCCAAUGGCAAUAUGUGACAUUUGCAUUUUCUCCAUUAGAUUUAACAAUGGCUAUUCAUAUUGAUGGAAUUUUCAGUUCAGUUGGUGGAAUUGCUAAACCUGAAUAUGGAAAUUUUUCAAUAUUACAAACAAAUAUUGGCAGUCAUGAUGGUAUUGAGCAAUAUAAUGGAAUAGUUGAUCAAUUAUCUAUUGUAUUUCGUAUAAAAAAUUAUAUCGAUAUACUAGAUGAAGCAACACUUGUUGUAAAUUAUAAUUUCGAAAGUGAUAAUAUAGCAAAUGAUUCUCAAUUUGAAGAUACUGGUGUAAAUAGUAUUCGUGCACAAUUUGCAUAUGUUUCUCAUCAGACUGGCAAUCGACAUGAUGACCAAGGUACUUUAUUGUUGUAUAAUUCUGUUGAGUCUUACUUUCAAUCCGGUGGUUUUAUCCUUCUUUCAACACAUAAUUAUUCCUAUUCGUAUACAUUUUGGAUUAAUGUAUUCAAUUUUUCUACAUUUAUGCCAGUGAUACAUCUAGUGGCAAGACCUGAACGUGCUUCACUUGAAAAUAACAACAGUAUUUGUUUAAUCCUGUUGACUAUAAAUGGAACAGAUAAGAACAAAUUACAAGUAUCAGUUUACAUUUAUGGAUCUGGAACUUCGAAAAUGAUCAUAUCGAGCACAUUGAUCACUUUUUCUACCUGGUUUCAUGUGGCAUUUGUGUCCAAAAAGAACAGUUCUAGUUUAUUCGUUAACGGAAAACUUGUUGCUUCGUUGAUUGGUGAAAAUACAAUUAAUUUUGGAACAAUCAAUCAACAACGUUUAACAUUAACUGUUGGUAAUCCAAGACGUCAGUCAAAAAACGACGCUUUCUACUCAUCAAUGUGCAUUAUUGAGCAACCUGAAAUUCUAUCAAAUCAAAGUGUGAUUGGAAUAGAUGAGCUACGAUUUUAUUCACGCGAAUUAAAAACGAAAGAAAUUGAAACUCUGAGUACAGAUGGAUAUGUUCCAUCAAGAUUCUUUUUUGAAUAA